CAGUGCAAUGACUUGGUGUGAUGUGUUGUAUCACCCUGGCUGGGCUGCGACCGCGGCGCUGCUGGCGGUCGUAGUGCGCCUGCAGCGGAGAGGGUGGUGGGAUCCUCGAGCCUGCACGGUGCGACUCACGGGGAAGACUGCUAUAGUGACAGGCGCCAAUACAGGGAUCGGAAAGUUCAUUGCUCUGGACUUUGCACGCCGCGGGGCUCGUGUUAUCUUGGCAUGUCGAAGUGAGUCCCGGGGGACAGCGGCACUGAAGGAAAUCAAGGAGAAAACAGGAAACUCUGACAUCCACUUGCGUCUGGUGGACCUUUCUUCUCUGGACUCAGUCAGGGAAUUUUCGAAGGGGAUUCUUGAGGAUGAGAAAGCUCUCCACAUCCUUGUCAACAAUGCUGGAGUGUCAGGUUUGCCCAGGCAGAUAACGAAGGAUGGUUUUGACAUGUGUUUUGCCACCAACCACCUGGGGCCAUUCCUUCUCACCAGCCUGCUGCUGGAUCUGAUGAAGCGUUCAACUCCAGCACGCAUUGUCAAUCUCAGCUCAGUCAACCAUAAGAAGGGUCAAGUGGACUUCUCCCAUUUUCAUGGGGAGAACCUCACUUAUCACAUGGAUAAAGUCUACAAUCACACAAAGCUGCACAAUAUCAUCUGUACCAAUGAGCUAGCACGCAGGCUACAGGGGACAGGUGUCACUGCAAACUCUGUCCACCCUGGUGUUGUCAUGACAGAAGUGAUGAGACACUAUCCAUUUAUAGUUCGUUUUCUUUUCAGCCUCAUUGGAUUUUUCUUUUUCAAGUCUCCAGAAGAGGGUGCAGUCAGCUCAAUCUACUGUGCCGUGGCAGAGGAAACCGAGGGGAUAACAGGGAAGUAUUUUGAUAGCGACUGCUCCAUUGUUCUCCCCGCCCCAUUAGCUCGAGAUGCUGCUCUCGCGGUCAAGGACUUUGAGAUCUGCGAGAGACUGACGUCAAAGCUCUGAAACAACCAUCAGGCAAAUGGAGGCUUGAUAACAGAAACAGGGGGCACAUUCCACGCUCUAAAUGCAUGUCUUGGGUGGAGGAAUUCUGACACAAUGCGUUGUAAUGAGUUUACAUUAAAAAGUAAUUUUGUUAGCA